AUGGAAGAUGCUUUAGAAAUAUUCACAACAAAUAUCUGUAGUUUUCUCAGUGUCAAGAAACAAGUUACGGGACUGCUUGUGAAGAAGCAUUCCAACAAUUUACAUGUAUUGGGCGAUUACAGUUUCCCAAACACCGUAAAAUCAUGGAGUGAAUUUUUGGAUAGUGAAGUUUUACAAAAAGAGAAAGAUAACUUAUUGCAGUGCAUAGAAAAAGAUACAGAAAGUUUAUUAUUGACAUCAAAAAGUUGGAAUAUUCCUAUACAACAUGCUUCUGAAGUUAAAGACCGCGUUCACCUGUAUAUGGAAAGGUCGUUCGCAAUUAGGAAAGGUCUUUCACAAUCAUUCACCAAUAACAAACAUAUAAUAGACAGUAUAACAGCUGAGUCAUUCUGUAAUGUCAAGUUGGAUACAAAUGAUGAAACAUGCUUAACAUCACUGCGUUUAAAUUACACUGCCCAUGUUAUAAAAAACCUUUAUGUCAUUGACACUAAAUGUUCUAAAUCAAAGCCAAGACUAUUUAUAUCAACUCGAUCCAGCAGUCAAUGUGAUGAUCAUAAAUUGAUUUUGUGUGGGGCAGUUUUGAAUAUAAAGACAGGUGUUAAAGAGACUGAAAUUAAAACUACAGACUUUAUCAGGAUUCGACAAGAGGAACUAACUUUAAUAGCUCAACACAAGUAUGGUGUUCGAGUGUCCAGCGAUACCAAAUGGAAGGAGUUUAUUGCUUAUCUCGGCCAAUCAGCAGUUGCCUUUGAACUUCUACAAAUUAGACCUUCUAGUUGUGUGAAGGUUCAAUUUGAUGCAUCCAGUGGAUCAAGCAAAGGUGCUGCUUUUAUAUUAUAUAAUUGUGCAAGGCUGGAGACAAUCAUUAAAACAUUUAAUGAUAAAGUGAAUGAAGGUAUUUACCCACACUUGCCCAAGUUUGAAGAUAUUGAUUUGACGCUGUUAACACAUGAGGAUGAAUGGUCUCUAGUGUUUAACUAUAUCUUGGGUCUACCAACGUUAUUGAAGAAUUGUGUAGAAAUAACAGAAGAAAAAUGUGAAUUUCGGCCACAUCUUAUAUGCAGUUUUCUCAGCUCUAUGGUCAGAAUCGUCAGUCAAUAUUACAGGAAGGUGCGGAUAUUAAUUGAACCACGAAAACAUCUUCUACCAGUAAUAUUUGCGCGAAUUUACUUGUUGACGUGUUUAAACGACACUUUAAAAACCUGUUUAAGGAUACUGAACAUUAAAAGUGUUUCACAAAUGUAUUGA